CAAAAUGUAAAAAAGUGUAGAAGAGGAAAGAGGCACAGAAAACCCAACGGCUACUACGCACUUUAAGGAGCCUCUGCCCUCUGAUAGCCAAAAAAGCAGAAGCACAAGUAGCAAUGGAGUCACCUCAGGCUAAGAAGUCGGGGCUGAACCUCCCAGCUGGGAUGUCCGGAACCUCCCUUCGCCUUGACACCAUAUCAAAGUCAUCUUCUUCGACCUGUAGCGACAGGUUCAUACCGUGCAGGUCCUCGUCGAGGCUGCACACAUUUGGCCUGAUAGAGAAGCCAUCACCGGCUAAGGAAGGAGGCAAUGAGGCCUACUCGAGGUUGUUGAAAUCCGAGCUCUUCGGCUCUGACUUCGCUUCCCCUUCUUCUUCUUCACCAAUGACUAGUCCCAGCAAGAACAUGCUGCGCUUCAAGACCGAUCACUCUGGACCCUCCUCCCCUUUCUCGCCUUCCGUCUUGGGACACCGCACUGAAUUCUCUUCUGAUUCUCCCACUCCUCCUAAGCCUCCCAGGAAAGUUCCCAAGACACCCCACAAGGUUCUGGAUGCACCAUCACUUCAGGAUGAUUUCUACUUGAAUCUGGUGGACUGGUCCUCACAGAAUGUUCUUGCCGUUGCGCUAGGCACUUGUGUUUAUCUAUGGAGCGCUUCUAACAGCAAAGUGACUAAGCUAUGUGACUUGGGACCUCAUGAUGGUGUCUGUUCUGUCCAGUGGACCAGGGAGGGUUCUUUCAUAUCCAUUGGUACAAAUCUUGGUCAAGUUCAGAUAUGGGAUGGAAGUAGGUGUAAGAAAGUAAGAACAAUGGGGGGGCAUCAGACAAGAACAGGUGUGUUGGCGUGGAAUUCGCGCAUUCUGGCUUCAGGGAGCAGGGAUAGGAACAUUCUUCAGCAUGACAUGAGAGUUUCUAGUGACUUUAUUGGCAAGCUUGUUGGCCACAAAUCUGAGGUAUGUGGCUUGAAAUGGUCCUGUGAUGACAGGGAACUUGCUUCUGGUGGUAAUGAUAAUCAGCUAUUGGUAUGGAAUCAGCACUCUCAGCAACCGGCAUUGAGGCUCACUGAGCACACAGCUGCCGUGAAGGCUAUAGCAUGGUCGCCUCACCAGAGCGGUUUCCUUGCGUCCGGCGGUGGAACCGCCGAUAGGUGUAUCCGUUUCUGGAACACUACAAAUGGCCAUCAGUUGAAUUUUGUUGACACUGGAAGCCAGGUUUGCAACCUUGCUUGGAGUAAAAACGUGAAUGAGAUAGUAAGCACUCAUGGAUACUCCCAGAAUCAGAUCAUGGUGUGGAAAUAUCCAUCACUAGCAAAGGUUGCGACUCUAACUGGCCACAGCAUGAGAGUGCUUUACCUUGCAAUGUCUCCUGAUGGUCAAACAAUAGUCACUGGUGCAGGGGAUGAGACAUUGCGCUUCUGGAAUAUCUUCCCAUCCAUGAAAACACCUGCCCUGGUUAAAGAUACAGCUCUUUGGUCACUCGGCCGAACCCAAAUUCGAUGAUCCCACUAAUGCUAAUGGAACAAGGUCAUUGGUUACGUUGUUUGUAAUUAAAAAUCCUCCCCCUAAUAAAAAGGAUAUAGGCAUAUACAUAGCAACUUAGGAAUUGUAAAGUAUUAUUUACCUCACUAAUUUGU